CCCUUCACUGAGGUGUUUCCGCCAAGAUGGUCGUCGGAGCUUUUCCCAUCGCUAAACUGCUGUAUCUGGGGGUUCGGCAAUUGAGUAAACCUCUGGCUAACCGAAUUAAGGCAGGUGCUAGGAGAAGCGAGUUCUUCAAGAAUUAUAUAUGUCUACCUCCGGCACAGCUCUACCACUGGAUCGAAAUGCGCACGAAGAUGCGGAUAAUGGGCUUCCGUGGAUCGGCCAUUAAGCCGCUGAACGAAGAUGCGGCGGCUGAACUGGGGGCGGAGCUUCUGGGCGAGGCCAUCAUCUUCACGGUGGGCGGGGCCUGCAUGGUGCUGGAGUACAGCAGGCAGGCUGCUAACGCACGGCGGAAGGAGGAGGAGCUUAACCAGAGCAUCACCGACCUGCAGACGCAGCUGACAGAGCUGACCCUGGUCACUGAGACUCAGGACACACAGCUGAGGGAGGUGAACAGGCUGCUACACUCCCUGCCUGCUCCUGCGCAGAAAUAGAGGCAGCACCCCCUGCUGGACUGGAGGGGUCUGGACCGGGUUAGGUCCGUGGAGAAAAGGAGAGAAGGUCUGACACACAUACACACACAGCUGUGCCCCUGGUAGAGUACUGCUACACACACACACACACACACACACACACACACACCCACCCCUUGGCCAACAGAGCUGGACGUGUCUGCUAAGAUUAUUAUGAAUAAUAUAUUUGGUUGAUGCAAGUGUAACUUGAUUGAAUUGUGUGGUACCGUAAGCAAAGAGCUUGUGGCUGCAACCUGAAAGUCCCCAUAGGCCCAACAUGGAGAAAUGGGAACGUGUUGUUUAGAAGUGUGUUUCUCACGUUCCUUACAGUACAAUGCAGCGUUUAUAAGGGGAAGGAUGUUAUGCACUCAUGAUUGGGGAAGAUGUGCUUUAUUGAAUUUAUUUAUUUUUGGGAAAUGAUGCUCCAUAUCAGGGAUCAACUCUGGCCCUUGAAUCCAAAUUUAGCCUCGGCUUUCUGCCGGAUAAUUGAUGCUACUGAUUUGCCAGGCUGGCUUCACACCUGUCUCCUCGUUAAGUGGAGGGUGGAACUCUUGGACCUCGAGGACUGAGAGUUGCUGAUCCCUGCUCUAUUAAGGAUAAGACAUAGGGAGAAUUUGAUUCAGCUUGAUUUGUUCUGUCUCCCUUUGUUACCAGUGAUUAAUAAAGCACUGUGGUUUUUCUGCUUUGUGCUGCCAAAAUGUACCCCAUGUCCCACGAAAUGGCAACAAACGGACCUUAAAUCCUGUAAAAACUAUUAUCACAUUGAUUGUGUAGGCAGGAUGAGCAACACAUUUAAAAAACAUCCAAUUUCUGCUCCUACUGCCUGAGAGCAAAUGUUUGAGUAAAUAUCCUUGACCUACUGAGUGCAUUCAAUACACGAUAUGUUGGUUUCCUGAAAAUAUUGGAUGGUAAAUGCAUGAAGAAUAUGUCAAUGGAUUCCUGUAAAAUAAAAUGUAAUUUUCUA